AUGUCAUCAUGUAUCAUUUAUUGGAAGGCUUGAUGAUUAUGAGUUGGUAAAAGCAAUAACAGACAGUCAUAACUCCAAAGUUUUUAUGAGCAUUUCUUGCAUCUCACAUUUUGGAGCUUUUUCAGGAAACUGUAAGAUUUCUUUCUUUUUUUUAACUCUUUAAUUACUGCACAGAUCAAGUUCCACCCUUAAGUAGGUUAGGGAGGUGUGGCCUUAAAUCGCAUUGAAGCUGGAAAGAAACAUGAACUCUUGUAAAUUAUACUCGGAUUAUAGAAAAACCUGCCAGGACAAGACAGAGCAAAUAAAAACACAGAUAUUUUUCCAACAAUACAUGUAACCAACCCCCUACCCUCACUAUGGCAUCCGAUAACAAAGUAAAUAUCCCAUAAAUGUAUUUAGUUGCAUACUCCUAAUGCUUGAAAAUAAACGAGAAUUCAAUUGCAGCUCGGAAAAUCCAGACUACGCUUAAAGAUAUUUGGAAACAGGAUCAUUUCCUAAUGUGUCCACUACAGAGCACUAGCUGCUUAUUAUGCAUCUUGGUCAUCUUGUUGUUUAAGUAUCACUAGUUUAAAAUAUACAAACAAGUCUAAAUCUGGGGGAUCUGUAUCUAGAAUAUAAGAUUGUGAAAUACAUUUAGUCUUUUGAAAUGACUUUAAGUAGUUUGCACGGGUUGAGCUGCGCAUUCAAGUGGAACAAGCUCAUAAAUAAAGAUCUUUAUUCCUCAUUGUGCUCAGAACAAAAACCAAACUGUUUAGGGACUCUUCAGCAAUGUGCAGUAUAACAAACAAGUAAAAAAGAAGCCAGUAAAACUGUUUAGCAGCAGAAGAAAAAAAAGAUAAGACUUAAAAAUGAAUAAAAUUAGGCUGACAAAGGAUGGCUUGUUACACACCCAAAAAACCCAGACAGGAUUGUCUUGUUUCUUUUUUGUAUGUGGUUCGUAUUGGCACUCCAAACACACAAAUGUAUUGUGCGAGGACAAACACUGACAAAGGGAGCUUUUCAUAACAUGUGCACUGUAAAACAAACGGCCCUUUGCCAACAGAAAAGUGUACAUUUUGCAGAUGAAGUAAUGACUAAACUGAUUUUAUACAUAUCAAUAUACAGUAUAUGCUCCUGUUGCCCUGCACCGCUUGUCACACAAACAAGUGGAUAGAAGGAAGCAAAACUAUCAACAAGGUUAAGACACACCAGAAGACCCUCAGUACAGACAGAUUAAACCACAAGAGUGUUCAGUUCCUCACACAUUUGAAGUGUUUUUGAAAAGAUGUCCUACAAUUAUUCUGACGUUGGGGGUUUUGCCCAUUUGUCCAUUCUGUCUGUCUCUGGUCUGGUUUGUGGAAAUAAGACGAAAGGGGCUUUCUGACUCAUGGCUGCCCUUUGUCUUUCAACCAGCUCUAAAGUGCUUCUGAGCUGUGUGUGUUUGAUGUAAAAAAAAAACAAGUUAACUGAUUUUCAAUAACACUUUCAAACUCUGAGAACAUAGAUAGUUUCGGUGGAUGUUUUUACCUCCACGAUGUUGAAUAUCUGACAUCUGCAGGAUGGUUCCAAAUCGCUAUCACAAUAUGAUUUAAACUGUAUGAUAAAAGUGUUUUUUCCCUUUACAGAGAGGUGCAGUCUUUCAGAUUUUGGUAUCAGUCUUUGAGUUUCAAGAGCACAAACAUGUUUUCCCCAAAGAGUCAGUAAUUUUUACCUACAUAGAUGAAAAGAUUACUCCAGUUGUAGUAGGGUGUGUCAUACAGUAGAUAGUAUCCAGGAUGUCCUGCAUCACCCACUUUGCUUCCUUUAAAGCAUAUUCUGAACAACCUCUGAGAAGGCUGCAGGCUUCAGUUCUACAAACAUGGGAGAAUUCUCAACGACCACAGAGGAUUAUUGGAUCUAUGAACAUGACAAUUCAACCUGGUCCCCCGAAACAGGCCAUAUUUAUGCCCCGUGCUAUCAGGAGGACAUCUAUAGUUUUGGACAGAGGUACUCUCCAGUCGUCUACAUCCUGGUGUUCCUCAUGGCUUUGGUGGGCAACGUGCUGGUGCUGUGUGUGAUCCGGCGCUAUCGAAACUCUCAGAGUGGUGGAGCCUGCGCCUUCUCUCUGACCGACACCUUCCUGCUUCACCUGGCCAUCUCCGACCUGCUGCUGGCCUUCACCCUGCCCCUUUUCGCAGUGCAGUGGGCUCACAAGUGGGUGUUCGGCCUGGCUGCUUGCAAGAUCUCCGGCGCCCUCUUCUCCCUGAACCGCUACAGUGGCAUCCUCUUCCUGGCCUGCAUCAGCUUCGACCGGUACCUGGCCAUCGUCCAUGCUGUCAGCUCCGGCUGGAAACGCAACACUUGCCAUGCACAGAUUGCAUGUGCCCUCAUCUGGGUGGUGUGUCUGGGCCUGAGUGGAAUAGAGAUCAACUUCAAACAGGUGGUGGAGGUGAACACUGCGGGAAAUGAGAAGACGUUGCUGUGCCAGGUGUGGUUCAUUGAGAACAGCACCCAGUGGCAGGUGGGGCUGCAGCUGGUAAGCCUGGUGCUUGGUUUUGGUCUCCCUCUGUUGAUCAUGCUCUACUGCUACAUCCGCAUCUUCAGGUCUCUCUGCAAUGCCACUCGACGCCAAAAACGCAAGUCCCUCAGCCUCAUCGUCUCCUUAGUGUCGGUGUUUGUCAUCUGCUGGGCGCCGUACAAUUGCUUCCAGCUGGCUGACACUCUGCACCGGCUGGGCGUGGUUGCUGGAGGAUGCCAGUUUGGCCAUGUGGUGGACAUGGGGAGUCUGAUCUCUGAGAGCGUGGGGCUGUCGCACUGCGCCCUGAACCCUCUGCUGUAUGGCUUCGUGGGGGUGAAGUUCAGGAGGGAGUUGGCCAGGAUGUGCAAGGGGCUGCUGGGACAGAGAGGCUUCCUGGGGAUGGAGGGAUGGAGGGAGAGGAGGCUCAGGAGAACCACAGGGUCAUUCAGCUCUGCAGAAAGCGAACACACCUCCUUCUCUGUCAUGGUGUGAUAUACAGCAACAUGUGUAUAAGAAAAAGGACAGAAUCAUUUUCUUUCAGCUUACUCAAGACUUUAAAAUGUUCUCAGAGGGAAAAGUGAUACAUUUCUUUGAUAAGGUGCAUUUAUAUGUGCAGCUUCCAACUAUCAUUCACAGCCAUUUGCUUUAUGUGUUUCAAUAAGACUGAUGUUAAAUCAUUACGAGAGUGUGGACAUGCUGUUACUGUCGUUUCACUUUCUGAUUUCUCAAAUCUUGUGAAACAUCUGGAUUUCUUCAGAACUCUCAAAGUGCACUCAUCAGCAGCUAAGAUGUAGCUUGUGGUUUGCUUCACGAUAGUUACUAGCAGUACGUGCUUCUUAUCAGAUUCUACACUCAGCUAGUUUGUAAACUAAAUUAAGGUUCAGUUUAUCAAAACUCUGAAAAUAGUUGAAAGUUGAAAAUCUCAUUUCCUGUUUUUUUGUUUUCCUUCAUGAUCCAUGUGCAGAUGUUCCCUCAGUUAUGUUCCUUAAAACUUUGCAAAAGAGGAAAUGUAUACAGAUGAUUUUUAUAAUAAAUGUUUUGGGGAUAUCCAUAA